CUCCGCGUCCGCGAACUGGACGUCGGCGAUGACCCCGAAGGCGAGGCGCGGCGCAGCCUGCAUGGCGGCCUCGGGCGGGCCGGAAGGGGCGGCGCGGCCGGCGGGAACAUGGCGGGGGCGGCGGCGCUGUGGCGGCUGCGGGCGGGCUGUGGCCGCUGUGGCCCGUGAGGGGCUCGGGGUUGCUGCCCGCACCCCGCAGCCGCCCGCUGUCGCAGCUGCCGCCGGGCCGCGGGCCGCGGGCGGGCGCGCAGAGGCGGAACUGGAGAAGGAGCGAAACCGAGGCAUUGGGAAGCCGCUGCUGGGAGGGCCCUUCUCCCUCGUCAGCCACGAGGGACAGCCCAGGAGCAGCAAGGACUACAUUGGCCAGUGGGUGCUGAUCUACUUUGGCUUCACUCACUGCCCUGACAUCUGUCCUGAUGAGCUGGAGAAAAUGAUUGCGGUGGUAGAUGAAAUUGAUCGAAUUCCAUCUUUGCCUAAUCUGACCCCACUCUUCAUCACCAUCGAUCCUGAGAGGGACAACCCAGAAGCCAUUGCCAGAUAUGUUAAAGAAUUUUCUCCGAAGCUGGUGGGAUUGACUGGUAGCAAGGCACAGAUUGACCAAGUGGCUAAAGCAUACCGUGUGUACUACAGUGAAGGGCCCAAGGAUGAGGACAACGAUUACAUAGUGGAUCACACAAUAAUUAUGUACCUCCUCGGCCCCGACGGUGACUUUGUGGACUACUAUGGCCAGAACAAGAAGAGUGCUGAGAUCUCGUCUUCUAUUGCUGCACACAUGAGAAAAUACAGAUCCUAAAACAGAAGGUCCUCAAAGGUUGCUGUGAAUGUCACCUGUGGGUUUGGCUGUGAUUGGACACUGGAGUUAAAGCAGAAGCACACAAGUGUAACAUCCUGUCAAGCAGGUCUCCUUUCUUCCAAAUAAGAGAGGCAUCCAUGUUUCUGCAAAUUCCCAUUACCAAAAAUCUCUACAGAGCCUUUGCAAUGGAUAUAAUUUCCAACAAGAUCUUGUGUACAGAAUAAAAUUUGGGACUUCUCUGAAACAUUUCUGGGAGCAAAGGAUGGAAAGCACUUUUCACUUGGGAAGAACGUGUGUGUUGCUGGGAAAAUAUUGCUGGUAAAAAAAAAAUAAAAUUGCGGGUCUGGCAAGACAUCAGCAAGGACAAACGUCGCUGCAGGAAGAUUACUUGAUGCAAAGCCAUUACUGGAUGGGGCCAUGGCGUUCUCAGAGGAGCUCUGCCCUCUGGUUUCUCUGCACUGUUUUGCCUUCUAGGAGAGGCAGCUGCACUAUUAGAAGCAGGGGAGCCUUAAGAGUGCUUCUUCAUCUAGGUUGAGAAGGUGAAGAGCACUGACAGCACAACUGCUUCCACGCAUGGGACCAGCCCUGUAGCAAGCCUGAUCAUUUCAUCUGAAUGCAGAAAUGAGAUGUAAUUUUCUGGUGGUUUUUCCAGGUGAACACUGUUCACUUAUAAGGAAAAGAGAAUUGGGGUGCAAAUAGGUUUUUCUUCUGGUGCAAAUUAUGGUGUGUAAUUGCUCUGCUUGUGCUGGGGGAAGUGGGGAGGGUGGAGGGAGGCUGUCAGCGUGCACAGGGCUGGCAAUCAGAUACAUUUUAAGCAGUGCAGCAUUUGAAAAUAAAGAUUGAUUUGUAAAGGCGA